AAAUGAUGCAUGCUUUGGAGCGCAUGUACGCUCUUCGUGUGGAGCUAUUUAAACCUUACUUUGUGGCGAGCGAACGCACGGCAACGUUUGGAGCACGCGUUGCACACUUGCAUUGAAAAGACGUCGCGCGCGCGCGUGCGUGGAAUGAAGAGUUGGAGGACGCGCGUUGGAAAGUGAUCAUUGUGGAUGCGACGAGGAGGUCUGAGUGAGGAGCACCGUGAACGCACCUUGCAUCCAGCAGCCACCACCACCAACCAGCAGUUUUAGGCAUGGGUGGGCAAGUCACCAGACAUGGUCAUCUGAUCAACGGACCGGUUCCCAUCACGUCUCUUCCGUCUGGCUCACUUCGCCACAAGCACAGCUAUGACUGCUCAGUUCCCAUCACGUCUCAGUCCCCCAGCUCGGAGCUUCACCACCACUUCGAGCCGAUAGACUGCCCGAGUCACGUCACAUCACUGCGUCACAACAAGCAUGUACGGCUGUCCAGCCAUCAACCCUGGUUGCCCAACCAGGAUCCUCUUCUCUUCCACCCGACGGUGAAGGGCUCGCAAAUCGUCAUGGACGAGUCGCAGAGGAUUGUCCGCAGGAGAGGGAGCUUCUGUAACGCCAUCGUUUUCAGCGACAGAAGCCUGGGUGUAAACGAGGUGGUCCGGCUGAAGAUCACGCAUACCCACCAUGCAUGGCAAGGCGCUCUGCGCAUUGGUUUCACUACCCAAGACCCGUCCAUGAUGCACCCCAAAAGCUUGCCGAGGUAUUCGUGUCCAGAUCUGGCGUCAAAGAGCGGUUUCUGGGCAAAACCCUUGCCAGAAGAACUUCUCAAUACUGAGAGCGUCAUCUCCUUCUGGAUAUCCAAGAAGGGCCGAGUGCUCUACCGGAUCAACGACGGCACCUCCAAACGUUUAUUCAGGCAGGUUAGCUCCUAUCUGCCUUUGUGGGUUUUCGUUGACGUCUACGGGAAGACCAAGGGAGUCCAGCUUCUCGACAGUGAGACACUACCACAGAAUGGGUCAAUCGGUUCUACCCGCUCCCGAUUGACGUUCCCCAAAAAGACGAAGAAGAACUCUCAAAUUCCGGUGCACCUGUGGAACAUGUUCGAAGACGACCCGGAGGAAGACGACCGCGACGAGCCCCAGUGCGUCGACCACAUGCCGCAAAACUCUCAGAACUUGCGGCUGUGCUCCGAGCUACCCGAGCACCUGGACGACGAGCUGCGGUUUCACCACGUACACGGCGAGCACAUCCGUCUGGAGGAUCAUCACACGGCGGUGACGCUGAAGCAUCUGGGCCCGGACAGGACGCUGGUUUUCACCAGUCGGCCUCUGGAGCAAUCCGAAAGCGUCUUCGUCAUGGUGCACACCGCCGGGCCGGCUGAGCUGUCGUACGGCGUGACGGCUUGCAACCCGGCUACAUUGCGGCCCAAGGAUCUGCCCACCGACAUGGUGUGGCUGCUGGACCGCAUGGAGUUCUGGGCUGUUGACAACUUGUCCGCGCAGCUGUCGAACGAAGAUAUCCUGGGCUUUGAGCUGAAUGCCGCCGCCGAGGUUGUUGUCAGCCGCAACGGCAAUAGCUUGGGGGUGCAGCUGUGCGUGGACAACUCCAGACCGCUGUGGAUGUUCUUCAUGCCGCAUAAGAACGUGGCGCAACUCAAGAUUUUUGGCUUGUCUUCGCACUCAGACGUCCAAGGCCCACCAAGAUCACCCGUGGUCGCCGUCCCUUCUCUCCCAGCAUCGCCUUUGUCCGCAACCAACAUCACCUCCAGCAGACUCGUCCCCUCCAGACAACCUUCCACAGCCUUAGACCAACUAGUCCAGCCGCGCCUAAGACCACGCCAGUCAGCCAUUGCGACGCCCAGCGCCAUUUUGUCAUCUCAAAGGAGCUACCGCUUCAGCACAGAUACGGAGCAGAACCCCACGCCGUCUAGCCCGAGCUCCGUCGGCCCCCCGCAAGCCUCAGACGAGUGCGCCAUUUGCUGCGACGACACGGCGGACACGGUGUUGUACGAUUGUGGGCACCUUUGUCUGUGCUACAGGUGCGCCCUCAAGCUAAAACAGGUCAAGGCGCCCUGUCCCAUGUGCAGGAAGCCCAUCCUAGAUAUCAUCAGGACCUACAAAAGUUCGUAGGGCGCCGACUGAUUGGCGAGAUCAACUCAGGUUUUCUUCGAGUCGUAAAGACUCGUGUUUUUGUGAGAGACCCGAUUGGAACUCUUCCGUUUGGCAGUGCACUUACGAAUAGCGCCACUUUCAUGUUACAAUUGUAGAAACCAUCAUAUUCAACAAAAAAAAACAAUAUAAUCAAAACACAAAAUCUAGUGAAAGCCAUGAAAAAUUUGAUUAAAUGUUUUACUCACCGAAGAUGUUUAGCUUGAGUUGUCUGUAACUGUUUUAUGCGCACUUGAGUCGGUCCGAGACGGGCGUUGUCUUGAGGGCUCAAGGAUGCAAAUGAGCCAUGAAGUGGCGCAAGGUCACCUUGCUGCCGUUUAAAAGAAGCCGCCAAAGCACGCACGACUUUCUGUAAUUGGGUAAAAAAAAGUUAACAGUCUGGCUUUGUUCAGGAGCUUUUAAAGGACAAGUAGACUUUUUUUUUUUUUCCCAUCAUCAGGAGGAGGAGGCGGGCAGACAAAGUGACUUUGUUUACUUCACCAUAACGAGGAUCUUGAAACUUGGGGUGUGUCCACAAUAACAAGCUUGGAUUUCUUAAGAGAAUAUUUGAGCCACUGACAACUGCAGGGGGCCAAGUCCAUUUCUUUAAUGGCAUGCGAUUAAAACAAAACAUCAUUUGUUUAUUAGAGUAUCAUUACUGUCACCUAUUGUGCCUUUUUUAAAAAUAAUACAAAGCCAUGUCCAAUCAUGAAUUCAAGCAUUUCGGCUUAAAAAGUGCACUGCUAAACUGGAAUGAUGAGCAGAUUUUACGUUUAGUUUUAGCCGAGAAAUAAAUAAUUAUGAAUCGUAAGAUGUAUAUUAGUCUGAGGUUUUUUAUUUUUGUCAAUGUUUCUAUGAAGAGUUUCAAUAAUGAUGAAUUAUGGACACAACCAUCCCAAAAAAUAUUGUUCAUACCGUGUUGUACUUUAAGUUAAGCAAUUGAAUUAAAAUGAAAACAUGAUUUAGCUUAGCUGCUUAGUUAGUUUUAUUGAAAAUCAGUGAAGCAGGUUAAUUUCUGAGACCAAAUUUUAACAGCCAUAGUUCAACUUGUAAAAAUAAUUGAAAGGCCAUUAUCAUUAUAAAUAUUAUUAUUAUUAUUUUAAUGUUGGGGGCUGUGUUUUUGCUAUUUAUGUGAGGGAAGUGUUUUUCAAAUUAGCCAUGACGUCUCGCUCUGUUCAAUAAAGUUUACAUUAAAAAGAAAA